CAGAUGAAGAGCCUUCAGUUCCGGAGCAUUGCUCCUAAGGCCCCAGCUGUGGUGCCCACCCCUUCUCCUGCAGCCCUUUCCUGCCAGUCAUUGUCUGUCCCAUCUGAGGCUCCCACCGCCUCCAGCCCUAAGUCCAUUCUUGUACCUGCCCAAAACUAUGCAUUAAUGCAAAUAGCAGGUCAAGAUGGUACAUUCUCCCUGGUGGCCCUUCCUCCUCCUGCGUCUUCUCAGACAUCACAGCAUCAAACUCAGUCAAUUCAGAAGAACCUCAAAUUACCCAUUCCCCGGUAUCAGUCAGUGAGGAGUAAAAAGACCUCAGAAAAAGUCCAAUCUCAUCCACUAGCUGCCAGUGUGAAUACAACCUCUACUGUUUCUGUAAUGACGCAGACUAAGCCUGUGGUGAGUGGAGCCUUAGUGCCAAAAGAGGAGCCUUCAGAAAAUGUCAUUCUUAUCGACCCAACUUCCCCUGACAUUUCUGUCACUGCACUGCUACCAGAUAAUGCUCUUCUUUAUCCAUGUUCUAAACUGGACAGAACUUCACAUGGCUCUGAACCACCUGCCACAACUGGCCUCAUUCAGAAUCUUCAGUACCCCUCUGCAGCUCCUUCAAGCUCCACAGGAAAAUCCCCUGAUGAAAGUAAGACCACAGUACAACUCUGCCAGUCGAAGGCAGCUGCAGUUCAGCCCCAAAGCAGUAUUACUGUUUUGUCUCCAGCCAUCUUUAGUAAAGCAGUCCAAAUUAUCCCUUCACCGCCUAAAGGUAAACUGCCUAUUCUGCCCUACUCUAAAAUGAAGAGCACACUGAUCCCAGCUACAAAGCUCAGCAAUUUAUCCCCGGGAAGAAAAGUCUUCAGUGGGCAGGCAAGACUUUCCAGCUCCUUCGAUACUACAUCCAAGAACAUAGAUAAUGCUAAUGUCCUUGAUGAAAACCAGGUGUUAAACUCUGUUCAACAGCCACAGGCAAAGACUACAGUUGUUAGCCUCCAAAAACCGCCUGGCAAGAAGAGAGGAAGGAAGAGAAAGACAAUGGAAGACAUCUUGGCUUUUGAGGCCCGAAAGAAAAGAUCUUUGUCUUUUUUCCGUAGGAGGGUCCCAGACAAACUGCCAGCAGUUAUUCCAGGCUUCAAACAAAAGGAAGUUGAUAUUUCCAAGAAAUAUCGGAGCAUUCGGCCCAAGCCAAUGUUGGUUAUGGAGACAGUUCCCCAGCUUGUUAGUUUGCCUUCCAUUACACAAGAUAGUCAAGAAAAAGAACUCAUACUUGGCCAUCAACUACCCAUUGGUACUACAGCAAAAACUCUAGACUGCUGUCCUCCCCAACCAACCCCAGUAACUCUGCAACUGAGAGGUAUCUCCCAACCUAAAAUUUUUAUAGGAAGCCGUCCCCUCCAUCGCUGCUUUAUUUGUAGCCGCGGUUUCCAAUUUAAGCAUCACCUCCAGAAUCAUGUUAACGCCCACACUAGUAGUCGACCUUACAUUUGCCCUCUGUGCCGCAAGGAGUACGCACACAGAGGUAGCUUGAGCACCCACAUGAAGCUUCAUCACUCUGAGGUACGGCCACGUCGGUCUCUGUGUUGUGAGUUCUGCGAAAAAGCUUUUGGAUAUGUGGGAGUAUACUUCCGUCAUCUGAGAGAAGUCCACAAAGUGCUGCUGACUGUGGAACCAUCAGUCAGUCGUCAUGAGGACGACAUGUCAGUGGAGGGAACCACUUCCCCAGAGCCGUCAGAUGAACUGGAUCGAGAAGAUCCUGUCGAGUUGCAAAUAAAAUGUAGCCGCUGUCAGGUCAUCACUCCCACCUUUACUGACAUGAAGAUGCAUUUGCUGUAUUUGCAUGGAGAGAAGGUUCACAUUCGCCCUCGUGAUGGUCAGACACCACAAGAUGGACGUGAGGUUGAGGAUGAGCUAAUAAAGCAUGCUGCCCACUACUGGAGACAGCUUAACGAGAAACGCAACAUGGUCAAAUGCGGUAGCUGUGAAGAAGAAUUUUUUUCCUUUUCCAAGCUUAAGAAGCACAUCAUGUCCCACCAUUGUUGUAGGAACGGGGAGAGUGAUGAAAUCAGGUCCUUCUCACCAGACGUCUGCAACGGUCUUGGCAUUCUAGCAGCAGGUGUAGCUUUUAACUGUGUUCUUUGCAGCAAGAUGUUGAACACCAAGGAGUUAAUUAUGGAGCACUGGAAAAGUCACCAUCACUGCGAGCAGCCCAGUCUACUGUGGGACGCUCUGAGUUCUUACUCCAGCCAAGAAGAGGUGGAGGUCGACCGGGAUUUGGACUCUCCUGCUCCAAGCCCCCACUAA